UGUUGGAUUUUUCAGCUUUUUGGCGCACCUCGUUAUGUCUCUCGUUGUGUCUCGUUGCAAAUGAUAUAAACGAAUUAUUCUACUAUCACGUGCUCGAUAUAUGCAUCUAUAUAAAAGUGUGUGGCAAGGAGAGUACAUAAAUAAAAGCAUAAGUACUUUUAAAGAAAGAAAAAUGGAAGUAGCUCAAGUACUACACAUGAAUGGAAGCGUUGGAGAAGCAAGCUAUGCAAACAACUCCUUACUUCAGCAAAAGGUGAUUUCUUUGACAAAACUUUUGAGAGACGAAGCCGUAACCAACUUGUACUGCAACACACUCCCGAAAAGCUUGGCAAUCGCAGACUUGGGUUGUUCUUUUGGACCAAACACCAUGUUGGUGAUCUCUGGAAUUAUCAAAGUUGUAGAAAAGCUUUGUCAAGAACUUAAUCAUAAAUCUCCUGAAUAUAAAGUCUUUUUGAACGAUCUACCGAAGAAUGACUUCAACAACUUAUUUAUGUCUCUUGGCGCCUUCAAAGAAAAACUACGUGAUGAAAUAAAAACUGAAAUGGGUCCUUGCUAUUUCUUUGGAGUUCCGGGUUCCUUUUAUAGCAGGAUUUUUCCCGAUAAUAGUUUGCAUUUUGUCCAUUCCUCUUAUAGUCUUCAAUGGCUAUCUAAGGUUCCUAAGGGUGUAGACAACAACAACAAGGGCAAAAUUUACCUAGCAAGCACAAGUCCCUCAAGUGUCCUAAAGGCUUACUAUAAGCAAUUUCAAACAGAUUUCUCUCUUUUUCUCAAAUGUCGUGCCCAAGAAUUAUUUGAAAAUGGUCACAUGAUUCUAACAUUUUUAGGAAGGAAAAGUGACGACCCAUCAAGCAAGGAGUGUUGUUACAUUUGGGAACUCAUGGCUAUGGCUCUUAACGACAUGGUCUUGCAGGGAAUCAUUGACGAAGAGAAACUCAAUUCUUUCAACAUCCCUAACUAUUAUCCAUCUCCAAUAGAAGUGAAAUUGGAAGUUCUCACCGAAGGAUCAUUUACCAUCAAUCGACUGGAGGUUUCUGAAGUAAAUUGGAAUGCUCUUGAUGAUUUGAAUGCUUUUGAAUUUGAAUCUAGAAAGCCAGAAUCACUCAGACAUAAUGGAUACAAUAUGGCACAGUGCAUAAGAGCUGUGGCUGAACCUUUGCUAGUUAGUCACUUUGGUAAAGAUGUUAUUGAAGACAUUUUUGACCGCUAUAAAAGAAUUUUAACUGAUCGGAUGUCCAAAGAGAGAACUAAGUUCACCAAUAUUACCAUAUUACUGACUAAAAAACCAUGAGCAAGAACAUUUUGGCUUGGGUUUUAUAUUUUGUGGCUCAAAAUAAAUUCCAAAGUUGUGUUGUACGUGGUUAAUUGCAUUAUUUGUCUAGCUAGAGGAAUGCUUUGAUGGUGGAAAAUAAAAGUCAUCCAGUAUUUUAUUUUAUUUUUAUAAAAGAGGGGCGAAGGCUCGUCUAGCAGUAUAAUUAUAAAUAUUGUUUGUGUUAAUAGAAAGAUUGUUAGUAUAAUUUUGUUGUGAUAUAUGUUUUUGAUUGUAUGAUGAAAUCAUUAUACGGUGGACGUUAUCACAAUACUUUCAUCUUUUGAGAUUA